CGCAUUAACGUAAUCGUCAUCGAACUGCGUCUUCAUAGCAAGCACAUUGGCUCAAGAGCGUUCACAGCUGCUGCUAUACUCUCAGCGUUAUACUCUGCCGUUUCUCUUUAUUAACAGAUCGAACAUAGUCGGUGAUCGUUUCCUGUAAUUAUCCAUCAUCCCGAAACUAGUGGAUUUCCAUCUCCUUUCUGGAAAGUGAGCGAGAUCGUUCGAAGGAAGAAAAGAGACUAACGUUGAUCUAGUAGAUGGUGAAUACCUGUUAGAAGGCAUCUGAAAAUGGGCUGGUGGGCGAUAAUCGCGGCUGUGUUGGCCGUGCUAGCAGUCGCCUACUAUCGAGCUACUCGUAAUUUGGACUUCUUCAAGAAACGUGGGAUUCCGUACGCCAAACCGAUGCCGUUUUUGGGAAGCAUGUGGGAGGUAAUCCUUCAGCGAUUGUCGAAUGCCGAUGCCACAGAAAAGAUUUACAAUUUGGAUCCGGAGUCAAAGUACGUGGGCUUCUUCGAUUUUGAAAAGCCCGUGCUCGUGAUUCGGGACCUCGACUUGAUCAAGUCCAUCACCGUGAAGAAUUUCGACCACUUUCCAAAUCAUAGAAUGGCUUUCCAGCCGGACGUGGAGACUCUCUUCUCGAAGAACCUCUUUUCUCUGCGCGACGAAAGAUGGAGGGAAAUACGGAAUAUGUUGACACCGGCCUUCACGUCUAGCAAGAUGAAAUACAUGUUCGUGUUGAUGCGUAAUUGUGCUCAAGAGUACGGCGAUUAUUUCGCAUCCUUGCAUGCCGAUCAGUCGAAAGAGCUCGAAUUGAAAAACGCGUUCACCAAGUACACCAACGACGUGAUCGCCACUUGCGCGUUCGGCAUUGACGUCAACUCGAUGAAGGAUCCGAAAAACACGUUCUAUGUGUACGGCAGAGAGGCAACCAGCUUUGGAAGAGCGCAAACCCUCAGGUUUUUCGCGGUGAGAAAGUUUCCGUGGUUAUGUCGAUUGCUCGGUAUCAAGGUAUUCAAGCAGAAAAUCGUCGACUUCUUCAAUGAGUUGAUAGCGAGGACGAUAAAGGUCCGAGACGAGAACGGUAUCGUUCGUCCAGACAUGAUUCAGCUGAUGAUGGAGACCAGAGGGAAAUUGGGACCAGGCAAAGAGCUGACCAUCGACGACAUGACCGCCCAGGCAUUCAUUUUCUUCUUCGGUGGAUUCGAGAGUACAUCAGCUCUCAUGUGUUUCGCCGCUUACGAGAUCGGCAUCAACGUACAGAUACAGAAAAGAUUGCAAGACGAGAUCGACCAGGUAUUGGAGGAUUGCAACGGCCAGGUCACGUACGAUGCUGUCAACGACAUGAAGUAUCUGGAUGCUGUCAUUCUCGAGAGUCUUCGGAUGUACCCGCCGACGGUCAUUAGCGACAGAGUGUGCGUGAAACCGUUCGAAUUGCCGCCACGCGUGCCGGGAGCGAAGCCGUACGUCAUGCAACCUAACGACAGCAUGUGGAUACCAAUUUAUGGCAUACAACACGAUCCGCAGUACUACCCGGAGCCGAAGAAAUUCAAUCCCGACAGAUUCUACGACGAUCCGAAACAGAUGUCCAACUCUCCCUCGUUCCUCUCGUUUGGAAUGGGACCCAGAAUGUGCAUCGGCAACAGGUUCGCCCUAUUAGAAGCGAAAGUUUUGCUCUUCUACGUAUUGGCCAAGUGCGACCUCGCACCAUGCGCCAAAUCUUCCAUACCGUUGAAACUGGACAGGAAAGGAUUCACCAUGGUGUCGGAGAACGGGUUCUGGCUGAAAAUCCAACCGAGAAAUGCAAAGAGAGCAGAGCCCGAGAAGAUUGCCAUCCCAGGGACGACCAUGCUUAUCGAUAAGAUUCGCGACAGACAUCCCGACAAUUGAGUUACGCAAUAUCCGUUGCUGCAAGUUUCUUCUUUGUCUAUGUUUCGUAGUAACAUCGAAAGUGACCGGUUCGUUAUAAAUCUUUUUGAAUUCGUCGUAGUGUGCUAUAAUGGGGUGUGAUGGGAUGUGUAAUAUGUAAGUUAGUUCCAAUACAGGGAUAUUAAUCAGGAAACGAGAAUGACUAAACUCCCUAUAUUUCUAAUCCGUAACUUGUACGAAUUACACGUAUGCGCAAGGAUGGUCUCAUGCUGGAAAUAUUUCAGACGUUUAUUCAAUUUCUUCAAUUUAUUCUGGAAGUUACGAAUAAUUCAUGCAGAAGUUACGAAUGAUUAUUUACGCAUUCAUGCUUUCAAAAACAAGGUGUUAUUUAUCUUUUUUCUGUUUUUUUUUUUUUAUUUGUUGAGCUCUCUUUGUUGCGCCAGAAAAAUUGUUAAUUCUCACGACUUCGAACGAUAUUAUC